AUGGAGCUUCCGUUCUGUGGUGGAAGGUCUUCUUCGUCACCGUCAUGGGGACCCUUAGGAAGCUCACCGGGUGCGCGGGCGGCGGGACUCCUCCGAAGUCCGGGAUUACGGAGGCGGCGGCGCCGAUGCUUGCUCAACGUGAAGGGGUACUUCCACCUCUAUUGCGCCCGAGCGGCGUUCGACGCCGGCAUCAUCACGAACAAGUCGUUCAUGGGCAUCAUCUUCAUGGUGGCGCUCAACGUGGCGGUGACGCCCAUGGUCGGGAUGGGCAUCGCGUCGUGGCGCGGCGGAAGCGUCGCGAUGGCGGCUCAUGGGGGCUGCAAAGACCACGACCGUCCCACGGAGCUGCGCCGUGUGGUGGGGCCGCCGCCCACAGGGACGUGCCGACGCUAUCCCUACAUCAUGGAGGCGCUGCGGUGGGCGCGGCGGCGCGGGAGGAGGCGGCGAAGCUCGCCGUGUACGCCGUGGACAUGGUGCGAUGAUAGCCACCGACGGCGGCGCGCCAUCGUGAAGGGCGGCGGAUUCGACGGCGUGACCGUGGUGGGCGAGGAGGUGUCGGAGAUGCGAAGCUCAUCGGCGAAGGCGCCGGACGCGUACCGUGUGGAGUCGCGGCGACGACGCCAAGGUGAAGAACGCGACGGCGCAGGCGCGCGCCAGGACCCGGACGAGCCUGUUCGAGAGCAAGGGCAGCCGGGGCAGGAGGAGGCGCAGAUGCAGGUGGACGACAAGUUCUUCGCGGAGUUCUACCGGAAGCACGUGUCCGGGAGCAAGCAGCCGGGCGCCGCCGUGGCCGCCAUCGGGUACCUGGAGAAGCACGUGGCGGACGGGGCGGAGCUGGUGGCGGUGCUCCGGGGCAUGCAGGCGGAUUACCGGCUCUUCAUCGUGGGGCGCGGCAGGGACCGCAGCUCGGUGCUGACGGAGGGGCUGGACGAGUGGGCCGAGUGCCUGGAGCUGGGCCCCGUCGGCGAUAUCCUCGCGUCCUCCGACUUCUCCACCACCGCCUCCGUGCUCAUCGUGCAGCAGUACGACGCCAAGAAGCACUACAAGGUCAUCGACAAGGAGUUCAUGCCCUCGUAG